AUGUUUAUUGAUGGGAUUCAAAAUUAUGGGAAACUGAAUCCUACUUUUGUGCAAGGGGAAUUUAAGCUCCCAUUAUCAAGCAUACGAGCAUAUCUAAAAGAGCCUAUUACUCCCAGGUUCGUACACGUAGGUUCUGCAGUAGUUACCCGACCUGACAGGCCUGGACUUGAUCUAAGUAAACAACCUUCUGCUGUUCGCUUAAACAAGGAAUUGGAUUUUAUCCUGACAUUCAAGUUGAAGGGGGAGGAUUUAAUACGGGAUAGUGGAAUACCAUAUACAAUUGUGAGGCCUUGUGCAUUAACUGAGGAGCCUGCUGUAGCAGAUCUCAUUUUUGACCAAGGAGACAAUAUAACGGGUAAGAUAUCAAGAGAGUGUAGAAAAAUAGACGAGAGAAGUUUGGGUUGA